UUGUUGGGAAGUUCUAUUUUUAUUUUUUUUGACGGGGGAGGGGACGGUUUCGGUGUUAGAAAUGUCGGGUUCUCAGAUCGUUGGGGCAUCCGAUCGAACCCCCUUCACAGGACCAAGGACCCCUCUGGAAGUAAAGUUGAUGGCAAAAGGCCUCAAAAGUGUUGAUAAAGACACGUUUAGGAAGCUUUUAAAAGCUGCAGUAGUAUUGCUCGGUGGAUCUGAAGUACCAGAAAAUACCAUCUCAUCUCUUGCCACCGCAUCACUCACACAAGAAUUCCUCAGCACUAUUUAUGCAGGGAUCUGUACUAUACUAAGAUGUGCUCUACGUUUACCUUCGUCCUCGUUAAAACCAGAGAUAUUUAAAGAAGACCUGAAAGAAUUAAAAGUUCCAAAAGAAUUCAUAGCAGAUUUUAGCAGUGCAGCCUUCGGCUCCAAACGCCAGACAUUAGAAGCAGCACUAGUGAGAAAUCGUAGCCGAUUACCGACCCUAGAUCGAUUCAGAUGGCGGCUAGAUGUGGCCAUCUCCACCAGUUCAUUAAACAGAGUGCUGGAGCCCACCAUAUCAAUGCAGAUGACUUUAAGUAAUGGUCGCAUUCACAAUUUUGAGGUUCCAGUUUCCAAGUUUCAUGAGAUGCGGUACAACGUGGCGUAUGUUCUUAAAGAAAUGGAAGAUUUAGAGAAGCGGAGUAUCUUAAAAAUUGAGUAAUUUGAAGGGGAAAAAAGAGAGGGUUGGAAAUAUAAUCGUUUUUUUUUUAUUUUUUUAUUUUGACCUUGGAACUUACUUUACUAUCAGAGAAAGGACGCUAAUCCCGGAAAGAAGUAAAAUCAAAAGAGAUAGGCCAAAUUAAAAAAAAUACCAGUUCAAAAAAGAGAAGGAUGAGGGCCUUAUUAUUAACUAUUUCCUUUUUUUUUCAA